UCAUUUACGCCGCCGCUGGUUGGGUGUGGCUACGACGUGGGGUCGGCGGGAUGGAAGGCAACUCCCGGAGGUAAUCUGAUUUGAUCUGGGAUGCUGACUAGAUACAAUUCUGCUUGUGUGUGUUCUAGUGCUCACGAUUUCUAUAAAAUGAUGAUGGUCGAGUAGAAGGAAAUUGCUGCCUCAAAUUCAAAUUCUGAUUAUUUGUAAUUCACCCUUCCUUGAGAGAGAGAGAGAGAGAGAGAGAGAGAGCUAUUUUCUGACUUAGCUUGUUUCUGAGUAGCGAAACUAUCCCCUUCUCACCAUCUACGAUUCAAUCUUGCAACCAAGGCAGUGGUGUCGAUUGCUCUACAAACCAUCCGUGAUUUGCUAUCGGAAGAGGGAAGGUUCUUAUCUGGUGUAGGCAAUCAAGUCAAGGAGCUCGAGAGGCAGCUCAAAGAGAUGAAGUGUUUUCUAGAAGACGCUGAUAAAAGACGACAUGAAAGCAGAACCAUCACCAAUUGGAUCUCACAGAUCAGAGAUCUCGUCUACAGAUCCGAAUCUGCCAUUGAAAGGCACGCAGCUUAUAAAGUUUCUUCAAGGAGAAGAGGCCUCCGGCAGUUCGUCCGCAAAUAUUCCUGCAUUUUGGAAGAUUGCAACUCACUCCACCAAUUAGGCUCCGAGAUUUCAGAAAUUACAUCAAGUCUGGAGAGGAUAAGCAAGGGUAUGCAAGAAAACGGCAUAAAAAGAAGCAUAAUCAUGAAUCCAAAUGGAGAGGGGGAAAGCUCGGGUGGAAACAACAUGUCAAGGAAGACUUUCCCCUAUUUGGAGAUGGGAGAUUGCUUUGUAGGCAUGGAGGAUGAGGUGGAGCAGCUUGUUCAACUCCUAAGGCAAGAAACAGAGGAUCGAAUUAUUUCAGUGUGGGGAAUGGGAGGCUCAGGCAAGACCGCAAUUGCAAAGAAGCUCUACAACGAGACGACCGACUUUGACCUCUCGGCGUGGGUUUGCAUUACUCAGCAAUGUGAGAGUCGAUCAGUUUGGGAGGAUGUUCUGAGGCAACUAGAGAAUCAGAACAACAAGAAGAUAUGUGUGUCAACUUCAAAUCUGAACAAUGACCCAAGAAUAAGGAAGGAGGUUCCAAGUCUGAGCAACUCAGAGUUGAUAGAGAGACUAUGUGAGAUACAAAGAGAGAAGCGAUGUCUCAUAGUUUUGGAUGAUGUUUGGGAACUUUCUCAUUGGGAGGAGUUGAAGCAUCCAUUCAUUGUCCAAAAUUUGCAGAGCAAAAUAUUGGUGACAACACGGAAACAAAACGUGGCAGAGAUUGGAUUGGCAGUGAAACUUGGGCUCUUACACAUGGAUGUUGCUUUGGAACUACUUAAAAACAAAGCAUUUGACCAUGGCAACAUUCCAGACUUUGCUUUGGAAGAAAGAUUUGAGAAAAUUGGGAAAGAAAUGGUGCAGAAAUGUGGGUACUUGCCAUUGGCAAUUUCUUUACUCGGCGGGGUCUUGAGAAAGAAAAACUCGAUGGUGGAGUGGGAAUUAGUAAAUGAGGAUAUCAAAGAAGUCAUAUAUAGAGAUGAAAAACAGAUUGAUGGAGUUCUAAAUUUAAGCUAUGAAAGUCUACCCUAUUAUUUGAAGCCUUGCUUUCUUUCUAUGAGUAUAUUCAACGAGGACGAAACCAUACCUGCUUGGCAUCUAUAUAAGAUGUGGAUAGCACAGGGCAUGAUUUCAUAUGAGAAUACUGGAGACAAGAAUAAAAAUUUAAUGGACAUCGCUGAGUUGUACUUAAGUGAGCUGGCCUCAAGGUCCAUCAUUCAAGUUGAAAUUCAGUAUUGUUAUGAUGUCACGGAUAGAACUAGAAAAUACGGUACUUGCAAACUUCAUGAUGUAGUACGAGAAUUAUGUUUGAAAUUGGGGAAAAGGGAGGAUUUUGGUGUGCAGAGUUUGGAGUAUCAUGCUGGAAAGCUUAGUACCUUACGGGAAGCUUCCUCACAUGUGAAAAUACAACAUUUAACUAUCAAUUUCAAAAGUGAAGUCGAACACGAGCUUGAAGCUGCUUGUGGAGAAGAUACUAGCAAACAUAUAAGGUAUCUUCGAAUAUCCAAUCUCAUAAAAUCAAAUGUUCUUGAGUUUCCCCCGAAAAGUGUAGUUGAUUUUCAGAAAUUCAAAUCGCUGAGGGAUCUAGUCAUCGUGAGAUUCAAAUUCGCAGGAGGAAAGUUACCAAAAGGGAUCACUAAUCUUGUCCACCUUAGAUGUUUGCGUUUAGACGCAUGUGAACUUGAUAAGCUACCGUCAUCCAUGAGGAAUUUGGUAUACAUGGAUACCCUUGAUCUAAGAAAUUCAAUUAAUGUUGAAGUUCCAAAUGUUUUUAAGGAGAUGUUGCGAUUAAAACACAUGGUUUUUCCUGUUUAUGGAAAUAAAAAAGUUGGAAAUUAUCAUGUAAGAUUCGAUGAAGGGUUAGAUGGGUUGGAGACACUACAAUUCGUUGAUAGUAGAUGUCAUGAACUAAAAUGUAUAGACAGAAUGAAGAAUCUACGACGAUUUGCAUCAAGAGUACAUGAUAAAAAAAGCUUGUCAACUAUCUUGAAUGCCAUUACCAACUGGAACAAGAUAGUCGUUUGUGAUGUUAAUAUUGGAGACAGUUGUGACUUAACAGAUGAGCAAAUGCUGGAGAAGGUUUUGACAUGUCCCAAUCUUCAUAAUUUGUGUAUUAGUUCUAAGUUAGGGAAGGAGCUAGCAAAGUGCGGGAGCAACUUGAUGAGCUCGAAGCUCAGGUUUUUGGAUCUGUUUGGAUGUGAGAUUGAGGAUGAUCCAAUGGGGAUACUGGGAAAGCUUCCUUGCUUGAUAAGAUUGCAAUUAUAUCGAGAAUCAUUUGUUGGGGAGGAGAUGAGGUGUCCAGCAAACAGUUUUCUUCGUCUCAAGAAGCUAGUGUUAAGAGGUUUACCAAAGUUGAGGGAGUGGAGAGUGGAGGCAGGAGCCAUGCCCCUUCUCUCUCAAUUAACAAUCGGAGAGUGUUCUUGUCUAGAGAUGGUUCCACAGGGAUUGAGUCGCAUUUCUACCCUUCACACUCUCGUAAUUAAACAAAUGCCGAAAUUGAGAGAACGGGUAUCACCAUCAGGACAGGAUUUCCACAACGUCCGCCAUGUCACUUCAAUUAUCAUCAAGGACUAGUCUUCACCUAGGUUAAAUUUCUGUACCUUGGAGCUUCUUCAGUCUUGUUGUUGCAUUUCUCAUCUUUGUACUUUUUUCUCUUCCUAGAGAUCCUUUGUAGUUAUGUUUUGUGUGUAAUUAAUUGUUUGUAAUCUUGGUAAUUUUCAUUCCAGUUGAGAUAAUCAUGCUUUCUGGAAGAUGGAACAUGGAGUUGAGAUAAUCAUGCUAUUGGUGUUUCCUUUAGCAUUUGUGUAA